AUGGCUGGCGAGGGGAUGGUGGCGGUGGUGCGUGGGCUACGAGAUGCUGGGCUAGCUGUCACGCUGCUCGACGCUACCGCGCCAGCAUCAACGCAGCAUUCAACCCCAACGAACGCCAAUGCGUCGACGCAACCCAUUCAACGUGUUACGACCGAGAGUAGUACUGAGUCAUCGGCGCUGCAUUGCGAUAAAGAUGCCCAGGCUGUUGACGGAAGAUAUACCACUAUGUACAAGACGAUGCAUUGCAACGUCCGUCCGACGUCACCUACGGUGCAGUUAACAGAGUUUCCGCCGCAAAAACCAGACCACUGUCCAGGGCACGGUAACUUCCAAGUCGGUGGUGCUGGCAGUGGUGCUGUCAGCCCUCGUGUGAAACAGACCUCACCAGCCACGAGUUUUAGAGGAGGUCUGUCGUGGCCGGAUAGAGGGUGUGUCUGCUCUCCGCGUCCUUCGAUCGAGGUGGACGCCUUCGCCAACUCGUUAAGAAAAUACCCCUGCCUCUCACCAGAGAAGUCUUCGGAAGUCAUGGAGAGACUGAUCAAUUAUCAAGUUAGGGGUUUGUCCAGAACUUCAACCCGCAACCAUGCCUCCCCUACCCGAGCAUCAGACUCUUACCCUUCUUCCAAUCAUACCCUCGAGUCUAAAGGCACCUACACCAAGGGAGCCAGACUGUACGAGCCAGAGGUCACAGUCCGUCGAAAAAUGGAAGACCCAACAAGAGAAAGAAAGAGAGAAGACUCUUGUGACAUGAGGAAUUACGAAGUACGAUGUCUCAGGGAUCUGGCUAGGAAAGGGAAGGAAAGUGUGAGCAGUCAUUUUGGCACUCCAUAUUGCAAUCCCGCUUGUCCUACUAUCAAAGAAACCCACAACUACCAAGCUAUUCCAGAAGAAUAUCACAAUAGUUCAAAUUCAGUCAAUAUGGAGAUUCAAGCUGCAGUAAAGAUGAUAUCUAAAGAAGUGGCCACCACGCAACGGGAAAAAUUUCCGAGAAAAACCGUUGCCGUUCCCGAUUCCCCAACGCUGUCAGCUGCUGAAGACAAUGCGGAAGGUGAAUGCUACCUCGUUCGAAACCUGAACACAAGCAUGUCUAUUAAGUCCAUUCAGACUAGUUUUCUACCACACGACAGUACGCUAAAGCCUAGGAAAUCAGCACAAACCAUCGCUAGCACUAUAGACUUUCAAUCCAGUCGCCAUAAAACUGUAGUCAAUAGAAGGUCGAAAUCACAAGAACAAAUUAAGAUAACUAAAGAAGAAUUGAAAAAGAACCUCCUUGAACUGAUCGAGGAAGUAUCAAAAACAAGUCAACGUAAAAAAAUAAUUCGUGAUGAACUUAUCAAAAAAUUAUUCGAAUCAAACGAGAAUGAGAGAGUAACUAAAGAGAAUAGGUAUUAUAAAAAACGCGAGCAAUGUCACAAGUACGCGUCGACCUUUAGUCCGACCGUUUGUGACUAUGUCGGUGAUUACCAAGAACUGUUAGGUCAGCUCAAACAUUGUUACGGUGACACCCAACAAGUCUUACAAUCAGAAGUCACGCCUUUCAGAAUAUCUGAGUACCAACAGCUAGACUUCGUUCUCAAAGAUUGGAUAAACAAUCUAGAUAUUAAAAAUGUGAACCAAGAUUCUUUGGGCAGAAGAGAACUGCUUAAUGACUUAGAAGAUAAAAUUAAAGUAGUUUUCAAAAAUAGGACUAAACAAGAUUUCGAUUUAAAAUCGGCCAUAGUGAAAGUUAUACAGGAAAUACCCAUAGAAGUAAAUAACUCUUAUAACAGAACUGAUUAUUUGCACAAGCUUGUUGACGCUUUGAUAAAAAGGAUGAAAAAUGUUAUCGUGGGCCAGCAUUAUGAAAGGUAUAGGAAGAAACCGUACAAUAAAUUCAACAAAGUUUUUACUGAAGCAGAUAUUCGGAGUUUCAUUAGAGAACACUUGUUCGAUUUUUUUAACGAAUACAGUUUAAGAACCUACGCACAUGUGUUAGUCGCUUUAGAAAAUGAAUUAGUGGAUAUAAUAAUUAAUGCAAUUGAUUGCAUCCGAUGCGGUCACAUUGAAGAUGCCAGGGAUGAGAUGAAUAUAAUAUUUCAAGAACUGGCAAACUUAACUGAAAAUCAAGCCAAGUACGUUGCAAGCGUGAUGCUUAGAGAUUUACAGCAGGUGUUGAAUCACUGUAACUUUAACCACACGUACAUGAUUCUUAAUAUGAACAAUAAUUCAGGUCCAUCCAAUAGGAGUAAUUAUAAUGAAAAUAUUGAACGUCUUAAUAGUGACGAUUUUCGUGAGAAUUUAGACCGCUACGCAAAUCAACUGUGCCAACAAAUAAACCAAUGGUUGGAUAACUUGAAUAUACCACAAAUUCAAGAUACAGGUAUCAGAGAAGUGGUUGUCAAUGACUUGGCAGCGGAUAUUAUAGACAGAUUAAAAUACCUAGAACUGAAUCAAAUCAACACUGCAGAUGAAGAUGAACUAGAAGCUCUCAAGUAUCAAAUAUUCAAAUGGAUUAACAAGUUAGUCGGAGAUGAUAAUCAAGAAACUAUUAAUAACGCCAGACUAUUAUUGGAUAGAAUCCGGGGUGUGCCUAUUCCAUUACUAAUCCACCCAAGGUCCCCGCAAUAUACAUUAGUAGAAUGUCCUGAUCCGGAAUGUUAUCAGGAUCCCAUGAGGCCGUGUUUAGGAGAAUUUGGACCUGGCACUUGUAGUGAGAUCAAUAGAAAGCUAAGGCCUCCAUUACCGUGUUGCACUCAAGCUGGCGAGGAGGUCCCAUGCCCAGCUGAGCAGUGCUGUAUUAGGGAAACUUGUCCGGAAAUACUUGAAAGUCAAGGUCUAGUUAAAAGCCAAAACAAAUCAUACUCUAUAAAUCAAGAUUACUAUCGUCGAAGUCCAAAACCUCAAACACAAUCACAACCUCUACAGCAACCACAGUCAUCUUCUAGUGGCUACCAAUCAUCACAAGAUCAGAGCAGUGCUAGUGACAAAUAUUAUACUGUACCAGAUAGUCUACAAAGUCAAGAGAAACAGCUUCCUCAUAGUCAAGAUCCAAGUGUUGGCCUAGAUCAACAGCAACCACGAACAUUUCCCAGUUCUUACCAAUCACCACAGAGUCCAGCCAGUGUCCAAGACAAGUAUUUGGCUAGUCCUAGUAGUCUAGGACAACAGCAACCACAAAAAUUUCCCAGCUCUUAUCAAUCACAGAGCCAAGCCAGUGCGAAAGACAAGUAUUCCACUAGUCCAGACAAUCAAAAGAUUCGAGAAAGAACGCCUGCGUACAAUCGAGAUCAAAGUUAUGGCCUUGGUCAAACAUAUGGACCUUCUAAUAAAAAAUGGGCUUCAAAUACUGGUGGCAAAUCAAAUGCGCAUGGUCCUAUGCCGUCGAAAAGACCAGCUGUGAAUGAGGACAUACAGCAGUCAAUGUUUGAUGUUGGAGGACCCAGUGGUAUUACCAACAGUCCUCAAGGUGCUCAGACAUCUAUUUCAAUCGUGCCUGGCCCAGCAAGACCCACUCCACACCCAUCAAUCAAAAAAAUAUUAGCUGACUACGAUGCUUACCUUAAAGAGUGGGUAAAAAAAGUGUCCAUCCCAAUGAAUACACCCUCUGAAAAGCAGGCAGCAGAUAAAGCUAGAUUAGAUCUUUACAAUGGAGUAUAUAAAACAAUCACAAAAAUGAAAUUAGAUCCAAAAAUCUUCGGCAACCCACUAUAUUUCAAAGAACUGUUUAAUGAAGAAAUAGAAAAGUUGAUAAAAAAUCUCCCAAAAUCAAAACAACUAGAAAUAGAAAAGCCUGCACUAAGCGAUGAGCUUCUAAAAAAAACUUUAGAAAUGAACAAUCUAAUUAGGUCUCUUAAUGUAUCAAGCACGUACAAACAGCACGUCAUUGACUGCGUAGAAAACAAUUCACCGAGGGCGCCACCUCUUGCUAACGAGACAGAUCAACAAAAUGAAGAAAUAGAGAAACAUAAUGUUGCUGAUUACUACAUUCUUCACAGGAGAUAUAAAGAUGAAGAUAAUGUUAAAGCUAACUUUCAUAAAAAGAAUUUCCUUAAAAGUCUUGACGAUUAUCUGGAGAAUAUUAAGAAAAGACACGAUCUUAUCGGAAUCGAAACAUAUGGAUAUGCUAAUGAAAUUAUAAACUGUUUGGACAAGAUUCCUAUACCAAAUCUUCUUGCCUUAAGGGAUGAGGCAGAUGAGACAUUGCUAGGAAUGGAAGUUGAAAAUUGGAUUGCAGAUCUUCCUCAAUACCUCGACACGACGGGGCCACUAGACAAGAGACGAAUAAGAGACGCAGUAGUUAAAAAAAUUCAAGAAGUAGAAGCAAAUGUUAAUUGUAACGAAAAUGCUUUUGCUGACCAUUUAAAGGCAGAAUUACCAAAAUAUAUUGAAAGAAUACCUAUCAAAGAGGACACUAAUGUCAAUUUUGUAAUAGAUGAAUUAGUUAAUAGAAUCAGGAACCUAGAGAACAUGAAGUCUAGACCUAGAUAUGUGUCCUUCCAGGAACCACAAGAUUAUGAAGAUUUUGUCAGAGAUGUGCCACGAGCGUCCAGUUUUCAUGAGACACCUGGACAAAGUAACUCUUAUUAUCUUGGUGGCAUAAAUAAUGCAGAUGAUCCACGAAGUUGGGUGCCCAGGAAUGCAUCAUCGCCUCUGGACGAUCAAUGGCAGUCUAUGCAAGCUACUCGAGCGCCAGCUGAUCUCCGUGAUUGGUCUCAAACUACUCAAUCAGAACCAUUUGCCUACACUCAAAAUGGUCCAAGUCAAGUGGUUACCACGCCAAGUCAAUACCUUAAUGACUAUGGUUCUCCUCGCCAUUUACCUUCUGUUUCUCCAGCUCAAUUUCCACUUGGUCAAGAGUAUUAUAAUUCUAUUGCUCAAAGUGCCAUACCGCCGUUACAUCACCCUAACGCUCAAAAUGGUCAUCAUCCAAAUGCUCUAAAACAAGUUGAUCCAAAUAAUCCAGGUGACGUGUGUACGGGACCGUGCUGCCUCAAUCCAACUUGUGUUAGCAAAGUUCAAGGUUAUGUAAACCCAACGCAGUAUUCACAACCAAGCACUUCACCGUUUAUCUCACCAGGAGGGUACAUACCCCGAAUGGCGGGUCAAAGAGGAGUGCAUCCAGGUGUUGCUGUAUCUAGCCCAUCACCUCAACCAUAUGGUCAAGUAAAUCUCAAUCCGUAUAGCUGUAACUCAAACUUUUCGGAUGGCCGAUGCCGAGGGCCAAUAACAAAAUAUUAUCAAGAACAAUAUCAACAUCCAGUUACACCGUUGCGAGGAAACCAAAUGCACUCUCGAGGGAUGCCAGUGCCACCAACGCGAGCGCCUCAAGCGCCGUACGGGCAAAGCCAACUUAUUCCCCAAAAUUUACAAGAACCAAUAGAGACCCAAAGUCCAACAUAUUUUCCAGGGUCUUAUAUAGACCCUUUACUUCAAAACUCUCCUUAUCAACAACCAAUUGAGGCUGUUUCUCGACCGAGUAUUCCGCAGCCGCAAGUACCUCAAGUCCAAGGAGUUCCAGCUAAUAUCUUUUCAUCAAGGCAAGUACCGUAUAUGCCUACUUCAGAACAUAUACCUCAAUUCGCUUAUGCUCAGGAUGUACCGAAUGAUACAACAACGCCCUAUCAAGCACCAAUCGGAUCACUUUUUACGUUUCCGGAUCAAGGACCACAACACUUACCAGAUAUUUCAGCUCCUCAGUUUAAAAGGUAUACUCAAGGAACAUCCGUAGCUCCCCAGGAGCGGCGUCCCUUAGUGCCUCACUUUUCAAAAGGUCCUAUAGGACCAAUAUCGAUGAAAACAUUUGUAAAACCAUCAUUAAGCUCUCAGGGUCGCUUCUCCUUAGGACACUACGGCCAAAGUAAUUCAAAUGAUCCCAAUAAUAUAAUACCCGAUUCGAGAAGAACCUCCCAAAUAUCAGCUGUAAAUCCAAAGGAAAGGCAUUUUUCAGAGUCUUCUAAAAAAAGUGUAUCAAACAGUCAGUAUCUCGCACCAGAAGUGGAAAUGGGUUCGUCGAAAAAACCAGUUGAUCUACAGGAGAGAGAUCACACAGAGCCAUAUAUCCAAAAUGUCCCAAAUAAAUAUGCUGAAACUGCACCUGACGUUAGAAAGUUAUCCGAAACAACAGCAGUCAGCCCCCAUGAAAGUUAUUAUUUAGAGCCACAAAGUGAACCUGUGAUUAAACGGACCUCCAAAGUAUUAGAUCAUAGAUCAAAGAUUUUAGAAAGUCAAAGCAAAGUACCAGCUGCCAGCCUUCAGGUUACACAAUAUUCUGAUCGUCAGAAGCAAUUUGUACCAAAUGCUAGCGACUCACAAUCAGAAUUCAAAAUAGAUUCAAAAGAACAAGCUGUUCCCCAGGAAAUACGAAAAUCAAAACCUGAUGAGCAAACUUAUGCAAAUGAUCAAGAUAAAAUAGUACCAAGUAAUCAGAGCGACUCAAUGCCACCUGUGAUUCCUUUCGAUAGACCUUCUUUAUCACCUCGUCAACAAAGUAUCAAAUCCGGUCGAGACAUAUCGACACAAGUUAGCCUAAGGGAUACUGAAGCAUCGCCUCAGGAUGUUACUUCAGAACAAAAACCUUGGAGAUUGUCUACUAAAGUUAGUCCUAAAAUUCAAUAUGAUUCGCAUCCAAGUGACCAAACGUACUCUGAAUUGCCAACUGUGGUCCUCGAAGGGCCAGGUCCUCAAGAUCUUCAUGAACUAAAGCCCCCCUCGGCUAGUUCAGCCCCAGUAAGUACAAUUCCUUCACUGGACCAUGGCUCACAACCACCAAACAAACAAGGUAAUUCAGUACUUUCUAGUUUUAAAAGUGGAGGGCAAAAUAAAAUACAGUCUGAACCAAUCCCAUCUGCGUUUAAAGAACGUCAACCAAAUUUAACAACAAUAGGAGAUACUGAGGUUUCUCAUGAACGACCUGGAGGAACUUCUGCCGAUAUAAGCGAAGUUAUUCCAUACGACCAAAUGGCACCAAAAGGCUAUUCAAGUCCUACCAAUAAAACUUUUGAACCUGCAUUUCAAAUGGAUCCCAGUAGUCCACUACAAACUGGUGACGUCAUUCCCGAAAGCCAAAUUUCACCGGAAAAUGUCAAGACCCAACCUCAAACCAACGAUAUUACCCCUGAAACUCAAUUAAUACAAGACAAUCAAGGCAGUCAGCUACACAGUAAACAUCCAAUUCCUUCUAACCAAAUUCCAUUUAAUGAUCUACAAAAUCUCCAAAGUGACUUUGUUCCAUUUAGCCAGGCUAUAGAAAUAGAAAUAUGGAGUCCAAUCCAUGUAGAACAAUAUCCUCCGACAGUGACGUAUGAGUAUAUUCCUGAUUCAAUCUCAUUUGAGAAAACUCAUUUCAGUAUUCAAACGGCAAAGAGUCCCGCGCUGGUAUCAGCAGCGAGUCAAGCGCCAGAAGAAAUUUUAGAAGUACAUCUACCGGGAGUUGUUCGUGAUGGGAGGAUGUAUGGAACUGGUAAAGAGCCAGGUCCGAGUGCACCAGAAAGUAUCGAAGCUGUCCGGAAAAAAAAGGGAAAGGAUGACCAUCCAAGUUUCCACAAGUCCACAGACAGUAAAGGUAUACGGAAAACCAUUGAGUAUCAUAAAAGACUCAAGCAACCGGAACCGGAUUGUGACUGUGAUAGUGCCCCAAUGCAAACAGUAAGACGCAGUACACCACAAAAUUGUACAUGCACAGAUCCGCCUCAGAAACGGCAGGAUAGUCCUCCGUUCUUAACAUGUACAAGUGGUCCUGAAGGUGAAAUGUGCCUCGGUAGUCCUCAGCAGCGGAUAUGCCCAGGUGCUUUCCAGCAUCGGACUUGCCAAACCGGUCCUAGUUAUCAUAUCUGCUCAGGUACUUCUAUAGAACAUGUGUGUCGAAGCAGUGGUCUGCGCAGAAUGCUAAAACAACAAAAGAAACCUUUGAAAAAAAAUCGUCCGACGCGACAUACGGUCGAUGCAGUACCCUUCUUCCGAGUAAUAGAUUAUGACGAUACAGACACAAGCAUGGAUAUGUAUAACUCUAUGUCGUACUGUAAAGGAACUAUACGAAGAGAUAAAACUAUAGCUGAAACGAUUAAUCCUACAACAAAAGCUCUAGACAAAGACUGUGAAAUGUUUAAAAUUAAAUCGAUACAAACAGCCUUCAGCAACGUUGACAUAAGAACUACAAAAUAUUGUGAAAUACGGAGCAAGUCGCAAGAAGAAUUGACAAAAAUUACAAAGAAGCACGAAGUCAUAAAGAGAAGGGGUGAUCAUAGCGGCGAUUUUGAGCCAGAUUUGACAGAGUGGUUUGAAAUCCAUAGCGAUAAAGUUAAAGUUAAACUAUGGGGAGAUAAAUUAAAGAAAUUAGCUGAUAAGUUGAAGAAGCCUGGUGGUGAAGAGAAAGUCAGAAAUAAAAUUGAAAAGUAUUUAAAGCAGGUUCCAGACCACUUCUCUGAGGGUGACGAUGAUAAACUGACAUAUAAGAAACAAUUACCCGAUGAUAUUAUACGGAAACUGAAGAAAAUGCAGUUUACAGAGGGUCAUAAUAUAAACGUCUAUAGAAUGGAAUUAUCAAAAUAUUGCAGCAGAUUUAAGGUUGAGAACUUCAGGAAGGCAAUUCUAAAUUGGACUAAAACUUUAAAUAUCAAGAAAAGAGAUUUCUUAGGGAGAAAUGUGAAGAAAGAGGACAUACUCAAGUACAUAGCUGAUAGAUUAGAACCUAUUGUAUUAGAUAGACCACAGUCCGACUUAAAAUAUAAAGAAAUAUUAAAAUCUAACAUCACAGAUAUGGUUAAUGAAUUACCUUUAGUGCUAAACACGCACAAUAAUGAAUUUUACUUGAACAAAAUCACAGAAAAUCUUGUAAACGAUAUAUUGAAUAUUGAAACUAAAUUUCCUACCACGUACAUUCAGCCGACGAUAAAGGAAAUAAAAGAAUUUGUGAGAGAUGAAAUUACAUUUUUCUUGGAGAAAUCUCGUGUGGCUAUUAGCACUAAGAGGAUGGAAUAUCUUGAAAUAGAAUUAAUUGAUAUUUUGUUGGAUCUUGUAAAUGCUACAGACAUUGAUGAAUACGUCAUGGAGGUGAUUACAACACUUUUCAGAGUAGCUGGGAAGCUACCAGAAUACAAGGCUAAAUAUUUUACAAAUUUACUUUUAAAAGACUAUAAAGAAUUCUUCUUUCGGGAAAGUUUCUUUCAUGUAAAAGGUGAUUCAGAUCGUGGCAGACCAGACAUUUAUUCUGUUUUCGAUAGCAUUAAUGGCAUAGAAAAUGCUAAAAAAGAAAAACGCUUUGACGAAUGUACACAACGUCUUAUUGACGCAAUCAAAAAGUGGAUUUCAAAACUAACUAUUCCUAAUAAUGACAAAAAGGUAAUUGAAGUAAUAGUUACGGAUUUAGCUAAUGAUAUAGUAGACAGGCACAAAUUUUUACUAUUAAAUCCUAACAACAAAUCAACAGAUUUUGAAGAACUUGAGUAUCUAAAGUUCCUAAUAUUUAAAUGGACAAAUAAAUUGCUUGGUGAAGAAAACAUAGCAAUUUUAGAACAUGCUGACGAAUUGAUGAAUGAAAUCAAAGAUAUACCAAAGUGUCCUAUGGAGAAUACAUGUCCGCAAUUGACUAUUACCAAUAAUGCUGAUGGUGUAAGUGACAAAAAUUAUGCUGACUCUCUAACGGAACAAAUUUUAAAAUGGUACCAAAACCUGAAAUCAAUACUUCAUUUAAAUGAAAAUAUCAAUCCUAUUAAAGCAAUUAGAAAUCUUUCUGAAGAAAUAGAAAAGAGUUUUAAUAGUAGAGAAGAUGGAGUAGUUGUUAAAACAGUAACAAAAUGGGUUGAAACGGUCUUCAAGAAUAAGUUAGAUAUUUCUAAAGUAGAACAGUUGACAAACAUUAUCAAACGUGUACCUUAUACGAAAGAGAAAAAUGAGAUCGACCCCAAAUAUGAAAAGGUUUUGAUUAGAUCAUAUGAAGAUUUGGUAGACGAAUGGAUAGACACAGUACCAAUAGAUCCAAAAAAAAUUGACACAUUUACAGACAACAAAAAUGAAAUAAUUCACGAUAUAGCUGUUAAAAUAAGUAAAAUAAAAACAAAAAUUAAAAAUACACCGUUAGAAGUCAUUCAUAAGAAAUUGUUACAAGAAUUGUCUGAUUGGUUAAAGAAAUUACCGUUGCAUGCCAAAGUAGAUAAAGAAACUUUUAGGGAUAAAUAUGCCGAGAAAUUGGUGCAAAAAUUACAAUCCUGUAAUGUUGUAGAUGUAGAGGAGUCGUCACAUACAACACCGGAAUUCAAUAAUGAGACAUUUCAGAUCGAAGAAGUGUUGCUAGAAUGGCUAAAAAGACGACCAUUUUACAAAGAUAAGGCGCCCGAAGUGAGGCAACACCAAGAAAAGAUAAUGAAAGAGUUAGGAAAUAAAUUAAAAGCUGGAAUAGAUAAAAACCCUAACCCUGACGAAUAUAUUAUCGAGUAUAUAAGAAAACUAGAACCAAAACAGAACGAAGAUAUUCUCCAAAACAUAGCCUGUCAAUUAAAAUUGUACUUAGAUAAAUUUAAGUUUAAACAUUUUAAUAUGGAGAGUAUCAAGAAAGAUUAUGACUUAUCCGACAGUAUUGAACUUUGGUUAAAUAAUCUACCUUUAAAUAUAAUUGACGAAAAUUUAUUCAACGUUCAGAAAGCACAGUUUAUUGAAAGCAUACAGCAGUUAAAAACUUUAGGUUGUGACAGUUCCAUUCUGAAAAAGGCGAUAUUGGUUUUCAUGAAAUCACUACCUAUAGAUCUCGCCAAAAAAGAAGACACACAGUAUAUGAACCAAGAAGCUUCAAACCUUAUGGAAAAUUUAAAAGUUACACCUUCUGAUCACGUGGCUGAAGAAAUAACAGAAAACAAACCAAAAAAUGAAAUAAGUAAUACUAUCAAUGAAUGGGUUCAUUCUUUGCCUGUAAGAUCGGAUUUAUGUCCAAAAGAACUUCACUCAUUUGUAGACGAUAUGACUUCUAUUAUUAAUCGAAUAGCUAUGGACGCAAACACAACAGAACACAAUUAUGAAGAAUUACAAAAGGAGAUAGUAAAAUUUCUAAGAAGGUGUCCGCUAGAAAGUGAACAAAAUACUGAAAAUGAUAUAACAUCAAUGGCAAAAUUACUUGUUAAAAGUUUAGAAAAUUGUUUACCUCGAAAUAAAAGAUGUACUGAAAGCAAUAGCGUAACUGUAUAUGCUCUCAAGAAUACCAAUUUGACUGCGUUCGGGCUUCCCAACGCAAAAGACAUCGAUAUCAACGAGAAUUCGAUCAUAUAUACUAAACUACUAGCAAAUCAAAUUGGCCAGUGGCUAGACAACUUGGGCUUGCCCGAAACAUUCAACAAUGGCUAUAAAGAAGUAGCCAUCAACGAUUUGGCUGGAGACAUAGUAGAUAGACAUAAAUAUUUAGAAAUAAAUCCCAAUGCAAAAGAAAAUGAGUUAGAACAUUUAAAGUAUCAGAUCUUUAAAUGGAUCAAUAAGAUAGUCGGUGAAGAAAAUCUUGAAACGAUAACACACGCUGAUGAUUUGAUGCGUCGUAUUAAAAAAAUACCUGUACCAAUGUUAGUUAGACCGCAAGAUAAGAUUCAAGCACGGUCUUCUUUUUCUAACACUCAAAACCGGUCAGGUCAGGCUCAGCUUUCUUUAGGGGCACAAAAUAAUAUUGAUACUACUACAAGCCCAAUAAAUAUGAACCCAUGGCAACAAGUGUAUCUUCAGCAGUUUUACAGAAAACCUGCCGAGGCAAGCUCUUCUCCGCAUUCAGAUGUGCACCAAACUAAUAGUCCUUCGAACUUAUCUAAUGCUUCGCAUUCGCAUUCUUCGAGUUACUCACAGUCUAGGCUACCUGACGAAGGCACAAAAGAAGCUGUUUACGAGAAAUAUCAAAAGAUUUUUAAGGAUAGGUGUAAUGCUUUGCCAAUCGACUCUUCAACUCCAGAAAAUGCCAAACUAGCCGAUUUAGCAAAAACUGCGAUUUACAAUGGAAUAAUAAAAACAUUUUUCAAUUUGAAAGCUGAUCCUGAAAUUGAAAAUGAUUAUGGAUAUUUUGAAUUGAUGCUGGAGGAAAAAUUAGAUGAACUAUUAGACGUUCUCCCACAAUCUUUAGAGCUAUUAAAGCAAAGACACGCUUGGAAAGUUGAUAUUCUUACAAAUGCAAUUGAUAUGUUAGAUCAGUUGCAUAACUUUUCAGACAGGCCCUCGUUUAGACAGCGAGUCCGAAAUAAAUUUAAUAGAAAAUUUGCUAAGGAAUUGGAAUUGGAGCAAUGCUUUUUAUUACAGCAGGGGUUUUUAGCAGAAAUGGCAGACGCGUUCAUUCUAGAAACGAAUUAUAAAGAAAAAGAUGCAUUGAAAGCUAAUAUUUACAAGAAAAGAUUGAUGAAGAAAGUUGAUGAGCUAGCCACCCAUUUAGCUAAAGAACACAAUGUGGGCUUUAGGUUUUUUAACAAAAACCAACUGACUCGCAUAGCUAUGAAAGUAUUAGAACAAGUGCCAAAACCUGGAGAUGAAGUUUUACAAGAAGAAGCGGAAGAAAUUCAACUGGGAGAUGAAGUAGAGAAAUGGUACAAAGACUUGCCGACAAAACCUCUUGUCAACGAUACUGAUGGGUUAUUAAGGAAAAGAAUGAUGGACCUACUAGCGAAAAAGUUGUACGACAUACACAAACGGCACAAAGAUGAAUCGACCAAAGAAAUGAAAAUGAAGCAUGAAGUGAGUGUAUUCCUCGAGAAAAGAGCACAAUUACAAGAUGAUCAAGAUUUAAAUAUAAACGCAAUGGUAGAAGAUCUAAAUAAUCGAUUAAAAAACAGAUGGUUGAAAGAACCACAAGACUACAAUGAGUUUGAAAGACACCGACCUAUAAGUUCUACUUUUGCACAAGUUAAUAAGAAAUACAUUUCCAGUUCGUCAAUGGAAGCUGGUACUAGUACAGGUCGACCACCGCGAGACGAGGAAUAUUUUAUUCAACCUGGACAGCGAAUGCAUAUGAAUUCAGUUCAUUCAGGUUCACCAGGUGCUAGUAAUUAUAUUAAACAAGGACAGAGCGGUAGACAAAGUUAUGGGCCUAUUCAUGUGCAAAGACCUAAUUAUGCAAAUGCUAGUCAUAUGAGUACCAACCAUCCUCCUCAAGCAGUUUCCAGGCCUAGCACAGAUCCAAGAUAUUCACUACCAACUUAUGCAACUAGUAGGGGCUCAGACGGAUACGUCCCUACACAAAAGGGCUUCCGUAGCAUGCGAGAACCUGGUGGAAGUGUAAGGAGAACAAAUUAUGGUCCUUACCAAAAUGUACCAAAGCGUGUUACACUGCCAAAUAUGCAACGAUCAAACAUAACACACCUACCUGGUACGUCAGGCCAAGCAUACGUUCCGUACCAGAAUCCCAAUGUAUCCCAAAAUGUAGCCAAUAAUGGGCAGGGAUCAUUCCGGAGCAAUCAGAUGUUGGAACCAGGAACUGAGCAUGUGAGUCAACGUCAAAGUCAAACCAUAAGUGGGCAUCAAAGACAGAACCCAGAUAUGUUGCAUGUUCCCAGUCAACAGAGGCGUAGUCAAGAAACUCCUACAGCUCGUUAUGUGUCUCCAAGUACCGAUGGACCAUCGGGCCACGGUGGUACCACUGCUGAAGUAUUUGCUAGUGGUGGCGAAACAGAAGCCGGUGAACAUACUAGAUGUAGAUGUAUGGAAUUCUUCCGUCCGAGACGUAUGUGCUUUGAUCAGAACAGCCGUAUGUAUCAUUUAUGUCCUCAAUAA